CGUAAAUGUGCCCUUCAGCUUAUCAACCAGUCAGAAUGAGGCGGGAAUUAUUGCAUCCGCCAUCUUUGUAAGUAAUGGUGGUCGGCUUUCUUCGUUCUGUGCUUUUUUCAGCUAUUUCUUUUGUGUAGCUAUGUAAUUUAAUGUCUCAGUGUGCAAAAAUGCCGCAGUUAGUGUAAUGUUCUAUAUGUUGGUGUAAAGUUUAAUUCGAACCAGCGAUGUUUUCUGGGUUUUUGCUGCUUCUACUCAAGUCAAUGUAUUUCUUCAGGCAAUCUGGCUAGACUUGUGUUAUAAAAUGUAGGCCGGCUUUCUUCGUUCUGUGUCUUUUCCGCUAUUUCUUUUGUGAAGCUACAGAAUUUAAUGUUUCAGUGUGCUAAAAUCCAGAAGUUAGUGUAAUACUCUAAACGUUGGAGCAAAAUUCUUCCUGAUUUUGCUUUGUUUUCUGGGUUUUACCUGCUGCUACUGAAGUCACUGUAUUUAUUCAGCUAAGCUGGCCAGUACUAACAUAAGACCUUAUGUUUUUAAACGACAAUCGGUUAUGUUUUACCUUGUUUUCUAGAUAUCCAAAGCCGAAGUUCGUUUUUAUUUAGCUAAAUGAAUUGUUGCUGCCGCCUGUGACUCUAACUGUUCGCAUGUUCGUUCCUAACUGUCGUUUAUGAUGUUAUCGUCAAAAUGAAAGGGAACGAUCUGGGUUUUUUAAUUUUCAGUAUUAUGGACAACACUGUCCCACCAACGAGUCAAACUAAUACAGAGUGCCCAGCAGUAGGGUAUAUGGGUAUUGGUUCCGAAAGGACCCAGACUUUCGACAACUAUAGAUGAAGUUACAGAUGCUACCAAUCUAUUUCAGAGGGUUUGUUACGAAAAAUAUGCCAUAUAGCAGUAAUAGAGAGGUUGUUCUUAUUAUGCAGUGCGUUGAAGCAAGCUUAACAUUAAAAAGCCGGAAAUCUGCUACCAGUGUGUAGUGUAUGUUUGCUGUUUUGGCCAUAAAAGGAAGCCGAAGGGUCAUGAUCAGGGAGUAGAAAGACCAUAUUUCACCGCGUCAGCCGGUACCUAAUAUGUUCACCCUUACGAUGGAAAGUAUCUGCAGAUUUUCACCUUUGUUGUAGAUCAUAUUUCACCACUCGCAAAUUUGUGUUUUUUUACGGUAUGAUGUCAACUGAUACCUAAUAUGUUCACCCUUACGAUGGAAAGUACCCGCAAAUUUUCACCUUCAUAUUCGAAUUAUUUUUGGACAACUGUCUUACAGUCUGAGUACUUCAAACGCCCCGAGAAACUCUAUUUCUACAACAUUCGUAGUUCCGGUAUAACUUUCUCACGCAGUAAGUUCAAAUUAGACACUGGUCUUUUUAAAUAGGCCUGUUAAGCUAAUAUCCGUAUUCUAUAUUUCAGUUAAUCGAUGAAGACAUGUACCACGUGCAUCUGCUGAAUACUGCCAUUUUACUCCAAUCCUAACUGCUAUAUCUUACUUUUGAAUAAUAAAAUUGCUAUAUGCAGCAAAUACAGA